AUGGCCACCCCAUCCACCCCAGUAGAAGAAACCACCGAUGCCUCUCAGCCUCAAACAAAGCAAAAAAGAGGACCAAACUGGCUUCCACGAGAGGAAGAACAGUUGGCCAUCUCUUGGAUCAACAUCAGUGAACAACCCGAAUUCGCCACAAACCAGUCGGGCAAGACCUUCUAUCGAAAGAUCGAAAAAGACUUUAACACUCACUCCAAGGCCAACUAUCGCAAUCAUGCUCAAAUAAAGACCAGAUGGACAGCUAUGAACACAGCUACCCUUAAAUUCUCGGCCAUCUAUAAUGCGAUCGAACGUAACCCACCCAGCGGAUCUAGUCCCGAUGAUUGGCUUGAAGCAGCCAAGAUGAACUACCUGGACCAGACCAAAGGGACGGCUUUCAGCAACCUACCAGCGUGGCAAAAGCUCCGAUAUGCCCCCAAAUGGCGAGCGGACCCCCGAGUUGAUCAGCCAGCUACCCCAUUGCCAACCACGUUGUCAGACUCGAUCGAUCCGGAAUCUGCUCAUGAUGAGAACCCUGGGAUGUCUAGCCCAACGGUCCGUUCAGCUUCAUCGAUUUCUCGUCCAAUCGGUGGGAAGGCUGCCAAAAAACGCCGAAUCGAGGGCUAUCAACACGAGGAAUUGCUCUCACAAACAAGCGAUCUUGCUGUCAUCUCGCAAGAACGAUUGACAGCCUUUCACAAGGGUAACGAAAUCCUCAUCAAUAAGAAUAAUAUUAUGAAAGAGAAAAUUGAGAUUGAGCGCAAAAAACUUCAACUUGAACAAGAGAAGCUGGCUGUUGAAAAGGAAUAUCGUCAGAGCGAAACCGACAUGAACGACUUCAAGAUCCUCCGCGAUGCCGAGGACCUUGGUGACGAGGAAGCAAAGGAUGUGAUUAAGAUCAUCAAGGAUCAAAUCAAGAACAAGUGGCGCGCACGAGCGGGCUUAUAG